CUUCGGAACGGAAAGCCGGCUGGCGACGGCGCGGGGCUAACGGCUGUGGCGGUGGCGGCGGCGCUGUCACUCCGGCGCGGUGCCCGGGGCAGAGCGGGGCCGCGACGCAGACGGUUGGGCGGAGCUCAGCGCCGGGCUGCUGCGGGGAUGGAACCUGUGCCUUGAAGAGAAAUUUGAAGAAAGGUCCAGUCUCACUACGAUAGAGAGAUGGAGACCAGUAAACAGAGUGUGACCCCGUCUCUGGUGUUCGCCAUUACUGUUGCCACGAUCGGCUCUUUCCAGUUUGGCUACAACACUGGAGUCAUCAAUGCCCCUGAGACAAUCAUAAAGGACUUUCUCAACUAUACUUUGGAAGAGAAAUCAGAAGACCCACCAAGUAAGGAGCUGCUGACCACCCUCUGGUCCUUGUGUGUGGCCAUCUUCUCCGUUGGUGGCAUGAUCGGCUCUUUUUCUGUUGGACUCUUUGUCAACCGCUUUGGCAGGCGCAACUCGAUGCUUCUAGUCAACCUAUUGGCCAUCAUUGGUGGCUGCCUUAUGGGCUUUGCCAAGAUAGCCCAGUCUGUUGAGAUGCUGAUCCUGGGUCGCUUGAUUAUUGGCAUCUUCUGUGGACUGUGUACGGGCUUUGUGCCCAUGUACAUUGGAGAGGUGUCUCCUACUUCCCUGAGGGGUGCCUUUGGCACAUUAAACCAGCUGGGCAUCGUCGUCGGGAUUCUGGUGGCUCAGAUCUUUGGUUUGGACUUCAUCCUGGGCUCUGAAGAGCUAUGGCCUGGGCUGUUGGGCUUGACCAUCAUCCCAGCGAUCCUACAAAGCGCAGCCCUUCCGUUUUGCCCUGAAAGCCCACGAUUCUUGCUCAUUAACAGAAAGGAAGAGGACCGCGCGAAGGAGAUCCUCCAGCGGCUGUGGGGCACCCAGGAUGUGGCCCAGGAGAUCCAGGAGAUGAAGGACGAGAGCGCCAGGAUGGCACAGGAGAAGCAAGUCACCGUGCUGGAGCUCUUCAGGUCGUCUAACUACCACCAGCCCCUCCUCAUCUCCAUCGUGCUCCAGCUGUCUCAGCAGCUGUCUGGGAUCAAUGCUGUGUUCUAUUACUCAACGGGGAUCUUCAAGAGUGCAGGUGUUCAGGAGCCAAUCUAUGCUACGAUUGGUGCGGGUGUGGUUAACACCAUCUUCACUGUAGUUUCUCUGUUCCUGGUGGAGAGGGCGGGAAGGCGAACCCUGCACAUGAUAGGCCUGGGAGGCAUGGCUGUUUGUUCCAUCUUCAUGACGAUCUCUUUGUUGCUGAAGGAAAAGUAUGGAGCCAUGAGCUUUGUCUGUAUUGUGGCUAUCUUGGUCUAUGUGGCCUUCUUUGAGAUUGGGCCUGGCCCCAUUCCCUGGUUUAUUGUGGCUGAACUCUUUAGCCAGGGCCCCCGCCCAGCUGCCAUGGCAGUGGCUGGCUGUUCUAACUGGACCUCCAACUUCUUGGUUGGGAUGCUGUUCCCCUCGGCUGCAGACUACUUGGGAGCCUACGUUUUUAUCGUCUUUGCUGUCUUCCUCACUAUCUUCUUAAUCUUCACCUUCUUCAAAGUCCCUGAGACCAAAGGCAGGACUUUCGAAGACAUUACUCGGGCCUUCGAGGGGCAGGCUGCGAAAUCCUCUGGUGUGGAGUUGAACAGCAUGCAGCCUGUCAAGGAGACCCCUGGCAAUGCCUGAGGCGAACCUCCUUCACCUCCCUCCAACAUGGAAAGCAACCUCCCCCAAAGCGGGAGACCUCAUCAGGAUGAACCAGGACUGCUUCUGGACGCUGCUAUUUGAUCCUUUGCCACCCCACACACUCCAUGAACACUCACUGCACUCAAUGCUGGGGUUAGUUGGAUCACCAAUGGCUUGUUAACUGUUUUCAUUUCUUGGGGAUACUUGUCGAGUGGACCCACCUUCAUGUUAGGAGGGAAUGGCUGCAGUUCCCCUUAGUUCUAGUAUCCCCUUGCUGUGGGAGUGGGGUGCAGCCCAUGCCUCCCAACCUCAGCUUGCCAGGAAACAAACAGACUUUCACACCCAGUGUUGGGGGGGCCAUUAGGGAUUGAAUGAGAGCCCUCUUCACUUGAUACAGCUCUGCACAGCUAAAGUAACCUGAGUUUUAUUUAUUUUACCUUCAGGUUUUAUUGCAUAAAUAUUUAUUUUUUUAAGUAUAAUUUUACCAAAUAAUGAAAGAGGAAGGAAAUUAGGUUGGAGGGAGGUGUUUAAAGAGAGGUUCUUGAGGAAAGAAGGGUUGGUGCUGGAGGGGGUGAUGGUACAACAUGAACGGAGAACAGCUAUUGCUGGUAGGCAUGUGAGCUGCCUCCGGUCUAGACAAAGACUCUUCUUUCUCAGAAGAGUGAGUGCCUGUAGGGAAAGGCUCACGGCUUUCUGUGGACCUUUUAAGAUUAUACUUUUUAUGUAGUGUUACUUGAAAUCUAUGCUUGUUACAAAGAUGGGCUUUGUAGUUAGUGGUGGUGGUGGCCUUUUAUUUUGCAUGGAGUCCAGAGAAGGGAGGAGAGCUUGCAGAAUGCCUCUCUCCUUCCCCUGGGCCAAACACCUUGUUCCUGUCCGGAUGAACUCCCUGUUUUCUUUUUCUUCGGUCACCCCCACUACCCAACUGGUGAGCAAGCCAUACAAAUGAGAAACUUAAAUGCAGUAGCUCUCGAUAGGCAUUUCUUAUUUCAAUUUUGUUUCUUAAGAGAUUUUAUGUGUUGAUUUUUGGUUUACUUUGAUUUAAAGGGAUUCAUAGCUAACUUGGACUUUGUUACCUCAGCUCUGAGAGAGGGUUUUUCCCGAAUGAUUAUUAAUUACCUUGUUUGAGGACCUUGUUGCUCUGCGGUCAUGGCAUGCUCGUCUGUUACGCUCUCAGGCUUCCCGUGUUACCAUGUUCCUGUGAUACUGUGCUAAGUGCCCGAGGGGCCUUCCCUCUGCUAGACACAUUAGGGGUGGUGUGUGUGACUGUGCAGUGUGCCCACGCUUCAGGGUAUGAAUGUAUGUGCUCUGGCUGUUAAGAACUUGUUUCCUUCGUUCCUUGUGGCUUUCUGUUUUUGCUAGAAUCUAUGGAAACUCAUCCCUGUGGACACUGAGCAGCAGUGCCUGUGCCGGGUGCAGUUUGCACCUGGAUUAGGUUCCACUCAUCUGGCUCCCCGGCCUUGUUGGAGAGGGGUGCUUCCUGGAGGUUGGGGGUGGAAGGCUCAGCUUUACUCCAGCUGGAGGGACCAUGGGAAUAGGAAAAGUGUGAGGUCAGGAGUCCUGAAGACCCAGUUGUGGGGGAAGGGAGGUUUUCUUUAAAGGGACUAGGAUGUUGUAGGACGUUGGGAGAAAUGCCAAGAUUCCCACCUGCCAUAGGUCAUGGAUCCCUCCACAACCUGUCCCCUCUCUCCACUUGGCUCAUAAAUGGAGAUGGUUCUGAUGAUUCCCCCCCCCCUUUUCCAGCCGUCACUGGAUCCCUCUCCCCUCUUGGUGCUUUCACAUUCCAGACCCUUCAGGCAAACCCUUGCAUAUACCAGUAUUUCAGUACCUGUUCAUUACUCUGUGUGGUCAUUGAGACUUGGGAUAACAACUCACAAAGCUAUGAAGAGGGCCUUUUCUGGGAAAGGCGUCUCUAACUUACCUCUUCUGCUCCUCAGUGAGUUGGCAGAAAUGCUGGGUGGAAUCUUCCCAGUGUCAAUGGCCAGGUUGUGAAUAUUUCCAUAUAUACUUUCUAUUAAUGUUACUGUAGUUCUGUUUCGAAAUAAAGAUUCUGAAUGUA